CUGAGGCUCGCAGCUCUCAGUCUCUCCUCUAAGCUUCGUGAAGCAGCUUCUCUCUGCUUUUCCUCUCUCCCUCGCACACACCGGCUUUCUUACUCUUUUGCCUGAGCUGAAAACAGCAAACGCAGCGGCAGAGGGGCUCACUCGCUCCAACUCCUCCCCCACCAUGCUGCCCUGGCGAAGGAAUAAGUUUGUUUUGGUGGAGGAUGAGGCCAAGAGUAAACCCAAGAGCCUGGGGACUGGGCUGACCUACCACUCCAUCCUUUCCUCUCUACUGCGCUCCUGUCCUGACUUGCUGCCUGACUGUCCCUUCGACUGGGUGGGCAGCAUCUUCCACACCAAACGGCAAAAGGUGCAACUGAACAAAGAGGAGCCCGUUUACAAUGUGCGCUACCUGGGGAGUGUGGUCACCAUCACUGCAAAGGGAGACGGCUGCACCCAGGAGGCAGUGGCCAAAAUCUGGGCGAGGAGCAACUACGGGGAGCAGAGUAUCAAGAUGAGGUUAACAGUGGGAUCUCAAGGCAUCCGGAUGAGCGCUGACAAAUCUGGAAAAAAGAAACCCAUCCAUCUUUAUUCUCUGAACAGAAUCACCUACUGCAAUGCUGACCUGUGCCGGCCCAAGAUCCUGGCUUGGAUCUACAGGCACCAGGUCAAGAACAUGGCGGUGGUUCUCCGGUGUCACGCUGUCCUGGUUAGCAAGUCGGAGAAGGCCCAGGCCAUCGCCCACAGUCUCUACCAGAACGCCACCUCCGCCUUCAGCGAGUUCAAGCGUCUGAAGCGUCAGAGUGAUUUCCGGCACUGCCAGCAGCAGCUGCUGGGUGAGGAGGCGGUGCCACUGAUGCCACUGAGGAGGCUGUUGAACGGGCAGUGCCACUACAGACCGCCUGCCAGCAACCCCGGAACCGCCACACGCCUCUGCUCCAUCACAGAAGAAGAGGAGGAGGAGGAUGAUGAGGACAGCAAAGAUGAGAGUCAGGACUUGGAGGAACCAGAGGAGGAUGUAGAGGAGCAGCAGGAGAAACAGAAGGUUUUAACCACAAACACAGACCCAACUCAGUUAUUAUCAGAGUUGGACAUUGGGGAUAUUGCCAGAUUGGAGCAGUGCCAAAUCAACUUUGUCAGUGACAGCAACAACAACACGUUUACAUUUAUAACCUCUCUUGUGUGACAAUAACGCAGUGUAAAGAAUGCGACUCUGCAACACUACAGUAACAUUCCUCUCUUUACCCUUCAUUGGUACCCCACUCAGGCUCCCUCCUGCCCCCGUCCACGUAACGUGAAGUAUUUACCAGAAACUUCUCCUACUGCCGGGUGGUAGAGAAAAGGCAGAAGAACGUCCUGUGGGAGUAAUUUCUGUUCUGGCCAGAUGGCUCAGAUGCUGGUUUUGACUGUAGCAGCUUCGGAGACUGCGUGUUUACAAAGAGGCCUGGUGAUGCACAGACUAACGAUAGCACAAUGACAAAUGAGGACAAUGGUUACAGAAAACACGAGCGUGCUGACGUUGAGAUCAGCGACACCGGGGUCACAUAUUGAUCACAGCGCCAAGCCGGAUGUGUUUAUUAGUCCUCUAUCUCUUAUUUUUGUGAGUAUAAUCAAUGCCGUGUUUGCCAGCAGGGACACUUUUCGGAUCGACUAUUUUUUCAGGGAGGUUCUUUGUAAAUUUGUGUAAUUUUUCUAAUAUGACAAUCCUCAAUGAAAUUGUUCACAGACUGACCUUUCUGAGUGCUUACAAACAAGUGGAGAAGUUUAUUACGGUUUUACUAAUGACUCAGCCGACUAAUAAAUAAGGCUAUAAUUUAGGAAGCAAGCCAUUGAGUCGACAUGUUUAUUGCUGUCAUUUGUUACCCUCCUUAUCAUUUAUGCAUGACAUGUCAGCAGUAACCUUUUUGUGCUGAGCUUUUUUCAUGUGACAUCUUUGAUCCUUCUUUUAAAAUGAACACUGUGAAAAAUGUGUGAGCAAGGACGAAAUACACAACUGUUCAUGCAGCAAUGUCUAAUGUAUGUAGUGCAUUUUUAUAUACCCAUUUCUGUGUCACCUGGUUUGCCAAAACAACAAGAACACAAACAGAUCUCAAUUUGCCAUUGCUGUGCUCUUUUAGCCAAGUUUUGUUAAUGCAGUGUUUCCACAUGAGCCCUUGCAAAAAUACAGAUGGACCCUUACAAUUUAACACAAAUUGUUUUGAAUAUGACUUUAGCUAAUAUCCUGUUGAUACUAUAUGUGCAACUGUCUAAAUAUGCAUUGUGAUUAUUAUGAGAUUAAGCUAUUUAUUUACCAAAUAUGUUGAAUAAAAAUUACCC